AUGACCGUGGGGCACGGUCCCAGUUGCAAACGCCUCCUCGUCUUCUUCACCAGGGCACAAUACACGCCAGUUUUGACCACUUCAACCUUGAAAAACGCGCCUCGACCGCUCCACCCGGCCGGGCCCACGUGUUUCGGCCACAUCCCUGGCGCGCCCCCCGGGUCGCGGUGGGAGAAGAGGAUCGACGUCAGCCAGGCCGGCGUCUAUGCCCCUGUCCAGAGCGGCAUCUCCGGCACCGAAGACAGGGGCGGCGCCGAGAGCGUGACCCUCAACGACGGCUACCACGAUGGCGACUGCGGCGACAUCAUCUGGUACAUGGGAUCCGGCGGAUUUGUCCUCGAUGGCCAGAAGAAAUCCAUCAUGCAGAGGGACCAAGACCCCAAGAGCAACACCCAUUGUGCCUUGCGGGCAUCGCUCGUCAACCGUCGUCCAGUCCGAGUUGUCCGGGGUUCCGAUGCCCAACAUUCUCCAUGGGCGCCCGAGAGUGGAUACCGUUACGAUGGUCUCUACGAAGUCACGCGUUUCGAUAUCGUCAGAGAUCCUUCAGGACUCUCGGACUACAGAUGUCUGCUCUUCCGCAUGGAAAGGCUCGAGCGAUGUCGCUACGCCCUCCCCAUCAAAUGGGACAUGCACGGCCGAGCGCACACGAAAGCCAAUGAAGGGCGAGACCGGCAACGCGCAGAAGAUGCCGGCCUAAAUACCCCCAACAACCUCCUCGAGCGGAGCAAAGUCUGCCGCCCUCAAGAGUCCGCCGCCUCCCAGUCACAGCCCACGUCUGCCCCACACCCGCCGCCGCCUCCUCCCCGUCAGUCCUUGCCGACUCCUUCCCACCAACGCCCGCCCCUUCAAGACUUGGUCAACCGCAACCGCCCGGCCAACCCGCCCCCCGCCGCUACAGCCGCCCAACUGGGAUUCCUACAAAGCUCCAUCACGAGAGAAGCUUUGGGGAAAAUCAAGUUUACUCGCAAGCCGGCUGCUCUCCUAAAGGCCUGCAUCCCCUCCUGCCGCCCAGACCCAACUCCCUGCCCCUGCCCGUCCCCCUUCUCCUCGGGUGCAUGA